AUGGCUCUUGAAAUCUUCCAAGUGGGUGAGUGCUCCCAGAGAUGCUAUAACAUCUUUGUUCUGGAGACAGUGUGCGUCGCCUGGUUCUCCCUGGAGUUCCUGCUGCGCUUCAUUCAGACUCAGAGCAAGUGUAUGUUCCUGCGUACGCCUCUAAACGUCAUCGAUGUGGUAGCCAUUCUUCCCUACUACAUCACCCUCAUCGUGGACUCUCUGUCGGUGGGUGGGAAACCUGCAGGCUCGGGGAACAACUACCUGGAGAAGGUGGGGUUAGUUCUCCGAGUUCUCCGCGCACUACGGAUCUUUUACGUCAUGAGGUUGGCCCGCCACUCCUUAGGCUUGCAGACCCUCGGCCUAACAGUGAGGAGGUGCACGCGUGAGUUUGGCCUGUUGCUGUUGUUCCUGUGCGUGGCCAUGGCUCUUUUCUCACCACUCGUUUUCCUAGCUGAGAGCGAAAUGGGCGCAAAGCAGGAAUUCACCAGCAUCCCUGGUAGCUACUGGUGGGCGGUCAUCUCCAUGACUACAGUCGGUUAUGGGGACAUGGUGCCCAGAAGCAUCCCUGGCCAGGUAGUGGCGCUUAGCAGCAUCCUGAGCGGUAUCCUCCUCAUGGCCUUUCCUGUCACAUCCAUCUUUCACACCUUCUCCCGCUCCUAUGUUGAGCUGAAGGAGGAGCAGAGCCGGGCGCUCAGGCAGAAGCCAGACUCGCAGGACAGCACCAAGUCGCAGAACAGCGAGGACUCCCAGGAGACGGACAGCUACCAUGGCAUUACAGAGGCCACGGCUUCAGCCAUACAGCGGAGAAAGUCGAUGGCUGCUCAGAGGGCGGCUGAGAUCAGAGCGUCCAUGAAGACUUAGCCUCUCUGUCAGCCUGUCUUUUUUCAAGCGGGAGCCACAGAGGCUGAUACCCAGCACUGGGACUUCAAAAAUGACAAGCUGCGGCACUGUGAACAGGGAUGAGGUUUUCUCUGUUGAGCUCGGGGUUUCUGCUUUGAACGUGUGAAGCGCUUGUGCACCAGAGUGUGUCUGAAUUUCACAGAUUUUACAGGAGAGCCGCAGACGAGGUCUUUUUCGUUUUUUACGAAUCUGAUUUUAAAAUAUAGGAAACAACACAAUAUUCACACUUAAAUAUCUUAAAAAAAACAAAAACAAACCUAAUGGACCGUACUCUCACUGACUGUAACUCAGUUUAGUCUCUGAAAAGAAAAUCUGCUACUAAAACACACGUGUUCUUGUUUAGACCUCGGAAUAAUAGUUUAUGUUCCUCAUGUAGCUGCAUUGAGUGGAUUGUGUGAAAUAAAGGUGUUUGCUGAGAU